CAACCCCUCCCUCCCCACUCCUCCCUCCCUCUGCUAGGGCAUGUCAGCCUCCCCUCCCCCCGAGGACAUCGCAGACGAUAACAAAGUGGGCGAUGAACUCGACGACGCCGCCCAGACUGGUCCCGAUGACGACUCUGGCGCGAACAAGGCUGAUUCCGCCACAACCCCUCCUGUGAAACGCUCACGCGGGCGUCCCAAGGGCAGCAAAAACAAGAAAAGCGCGACUGCUGCCGCCCCUCCAACGUCAAUUGCUGCGGGCCCCUCCACCGGAGAAAAGAGGAAACGAGGCAGACCCCCCAAACCCAAGAAACCAGAAGAAGAGGGAGCCUCCGGCGAACCUCCCGUCAAGCGCAAGCGGGGGAGGCCUCCCAAAAAUCCCAAGCCUAUAGAGCCUGUGUCUGAGGAUGCGGGGGAGGCUACCGCCCCAGAUGCGAGCGCGAAGAAGAAGCGGGGCCGUCCCCCAAAGUCAGCGUGACACCGUCUUAUGAUAGGAUCCAUCGUCCCAUUUCAGUCUCCCCUCUCGAUAUGGACGGGUUUCGCCUGUACUGCCCCUCCUCCCCCUCACGACCACAACCCAUACGAAAGCUGGUGUCCCUCGAUCCCCCCCGUCCCGAUUACUUAUGUGAACCUUGUCUUGUCAAAGUUGUUGCCGUCUAAUAUCGUAUUUUUCUUUUGCCUCCGUCUUCAUAUCGUGUACUCCUCUUGUUAUCGUCGUCCUCUCUCGUAGCUUUAUAUUUUGAUGAACUCGGUGUCUUCAU